AUGAAGAUCGCAUCUUUUGGGGUGUCUAUCGCCCUGUUAGUUCCACGGGCCAUAGCGGCUACGCCCACUACAACUACUGCCACACCAAGCUGUACAGCUUCCGUCAUCACCAGUCUCUGCAGCUACCCAGAGCCUACCGAGUUUGCCGUCGCCAUCGACAGUAGGGCAUCUUGCUGGGACUACUGUAACGCCCACCCUCCCUGCAGCUUUGAAAUCUUCGUUCCCGGCAACCCUACCCUAGGCGACGGCACCUGCUGGCUGUACCCAGGGCAAACCUUUGAUGCGAGCAAAGGUAGCUCGAACUGCUCGGAUCCCUACCUGACCGUCUACGCCGAGCCCGUAUGUGCUGGCAGCAGCGCAACCACCACUUCCGGUGCCUGCGCCGCCACCCGCACUCCCUCUGCCAUUGCCUCGGUCUGCGGGUACCCAGCGCCUGAAGACUGCUUUGACGAUUGCAUUGCCAGCACGGGUCCCUCGAACUGCCUGAGCGAAUGUGCCAGUGCCGAUGCCUGCAGCUAUGCGGUCUUUAACCCGGCGGAUACAAGCUCGCCGUAUGGCGCGGGCAAUUGCUGGGUCUUUCCUAAUGGCACCUACAACGCUGCGUCUGCGACCACUUGUACUGGCGCUCCUAAGCAGUAUGUGUAUAAGAACCCGUGUCCCAAGUCCUCUUCUUCAUCGUCGGCUACGGGACGCCCCAGUGCCACUGGAACUGCAGCCACUACUUCGGGCUUCACUACUAGCGCGGCUUCGGCCUCAUCUACUAGCAGUAAGAACUCUGCGCCUACCGGCCCCUCGCUCGCUAAUCCAUUGGCUCUAGGCGCCGCUGCUUUAAUGUGGCAUGCCCUUUGA